UAUAUAAUCUUCCCCCUAAUUUUAUCACCCUUUUUUCUCUUACAAAUUUCUGUCCAAUUUUCUCUUUCCAAAAAUAAAAAUAAAUAAAAAUCAUGUAAUUAUUUUUCUAAUAUAUAUAUAUAUAUAUAUGUAUGUAUAUAUAUAUAUAUAUAAAAGUAUAAUAUGAAGUAGUACAUAUUUUGAUGAACCGUCGUAUAUAGUAGAAGUAUAAUCUUUCCCUCCUUUCAUACUCUGUAAAUUUUUCUUCAAAAAAAGUUGAAAAUGGCGUUUCAUCAUAAUCACCAUCUUUCACAAGCAGAAAUGGCGGCACAAUUUGGUGGAGAUCAUACAACGUCGUCAAAUCAUCAUCACCAACCAAAUUGGCUAACAUCGGCUCUUCUUAACUCAUCAGCCGUCGCCGGUGGAGCCGGUAACUUCUUGAACCUUCACUCGGUUGAAGACUCUGCUGGUAUGUCAUCGAUUCCGUCUCAACCAGGUGAGUUGACUCACAAUGAGGAUUCCGGUAAGCCGGAGAUCGGCGAUGGUGAGACUUCUACUGGUGCUGGAGAUUCUGGCGGAGGAAGUGAACAACAACAACAGCAAGUGAAUUGGCAAAAUGCGAAGUUUAAAGCGGAGAUAUUAGCUCAUCCGCUUUACGAACAGUUAUUGUCGGCGCAUGUAGCAUGUUUACGGAUUGCGACUCCGGUGGAUCAAUUGCCGAGAAUUGAUGCGCAACUUGCGCUAUCGCAGAAUGUUGUUGCGAAAUAUUCUGCGCUUGGAAAUGGUCAUGCUUUGGUUGGUGAUGAUAAAGAAUUGUACCAAUUCAUGACCCAUUAUGUUCUGUUGCUGUGUUCUUUUAAAGAACAACUACAACAACAUGUUCGUGUCCAUGCAAUGGAAGCUGUGAUGGCGUGCUGGGAAAUUGAACAAUCCCUUCAAAGCUUGACAGGGGUCUCUCCUGGUGAAGGCACAGGAGCAACUAUGUCUGAUGAUGAGGAUGAUCCCAUAGACAGCGAUAGUAACUUGUUUGAUGGAGGGUUGGAUAGUUCAGACACUAUGGGAUUUGGACCGCUUAUCCCAACAGAGAGUGAGCGGUCUCUGAUGGAGCGUGUGAGACAAGAGCUAAAGCAUGAGCUAAAACAGGGAUACAAAGACAAAAUUGUGGAUAUAAGGGAAGAAAUCUUGCGCAAGAGAAGGGCAGGGAAACUACCUGGUGACACUACCUCUGUCUUAAAGGCUUGGUGGCAAUCACAUUCCAAGUGGCCAUACCCAACAGAGGAAGACAAAGCAAGAUUAGUACAGGAGACCGGCUUGCAGCUAAAGCAGAUCAACAAUUGGUUCAUUAAUCAGAGGAAGAGAAAUUGGCAUAGUAACCCAUCAAGUUCUACUGCAUCAAAGAGUAAACGUAAAAGAAAUGUGCAAACAAAAUAGGUAGAAUAUAGCAGCAAAUCGUUUUGUGUAGAUGAAGAACAUCUUUUGACAUAGUUCUGAUACUGUGGCAUUGAAUAUGGAAUUUCAUUUGAUUCGAGAGGCUCAAGUGGCAAAACUCUGCUAACAAAGUGUCGAAAGGAUUCCUUCGGUGCCAUAUAAGAUGCAUCGGCUAAGUAAAGGGUGAAUGAUUAAUGGUCCGACUCAUAUAUCGACUUAUCCACACAGUUGUUCGAAACGGUAGGAAGAUAUGCAGAAUGAAAGGAAUAUGUAGUUUAUAAAUCUUAGAUAAAAUGCUGUAGGAGUUCCUACUUUUGGCCAUUCUAUAAUUUUGUAACCUUUUCUUUUAUAUAUAGUAUUUGUAUUAGAAUACUUAUGAAGGUGUGAAUGUACAGAUUAAGCUGUUAAUUUUUCCUUUUACUAAAUAUUGUUCUCUCA